CGGUCGUGAACAAGACGAAAUAUUUUCGUAUUGGUACGUGUAAAUUUCAACGCCACCGCGUCCAUCAUUGGGGGUGUGCUGCGCUGCGGGGCACGUGGAUCCCAGCAGGGGAGCGAGCCCAUAAUCUCCGGGCCAACAAAAACCUUCCAAACACACACUGUCCGUGCCUUCAAUUCAAGCACACCCGUCGACGGCAACCUCCAUAUGUAUUUCGGUCGCGGUCGAUCUCGAAACCACCAUUCGCCAUGGUCACCACUCGGCGCGGCGCCCGUACUUCUGCUGCACCCAGGGAAGACGACAGCAGCUCUGACAACGAGUCCAUCCCAGCCCGAACCCCGCCUGUUCACCGCCGUACGCCUGCGUCUGGAACUCCCGCAACCCUGAGGCCCUCGAGAGACCCUGCCCCGGGGAACGCUAGUUUAUCUAAGAGAAAACGAGGUCCGAGUGGUGCUUUCGAUGCGCCACGAAAAAAGCGACGAAGGCUAGCACCCGACGUUGCGGAGACAAUCGAGGUGCAAGGGGAGGACGACAAUGUUGAUGCGGCGAUCAACGCCACGAGCGCGCGCUCUGCACACCGGCUUGAGAUACAUCUCCCCAGCGGCCGGGGGCCGGGGAUAGGCCACAACGCGAACUCGACAGAGGUUCCACGUGAGACUUCGACGAGCGAUGUGCCAGCCCGUCGCCUCCGCGCAAGACGCUUAAAGCGCGGGAUCAACUCCGUUGAAGUUUUCGGCACAUACGAUUCUCCGCGUCCGCGGAAACGUAGGCGUGGCCCUGAUGUUCCACAUAUUAUCAUGGGGACGCCCGAGCCGAGCAGCGACGCGGGGCCAGCCGAACAUGGGAACGGUGUUGCUGAGACUGCAGUAGAGGAUGUUCCCACCGGCGCAGAAUACCCACAUCCUGGGGGCAGUCCAGAACUGCAGUCCUCGGCAGCGAGGCGCCGGCCGACAAGACCUCUAGUUGAUAUCUAUGAUGUCCCAGAAAAUGACCAUCCCGAGCUUCCCAAUCCUGCUGCCAUUCGAGGCACAAAAACGGUGACCAAUCUGAGGCAAGCGCGCCAGCCACGAUCACCACAGAGGAAUGACAGGCUCCCACUGAUUCGAGAGGAGCAGCCAGAGCCAGCGACUCCAGUUCCUCGCCGCCGUGAGCCUCACCAGGCUAUCGUGCCGGUUGACGCUUCGAGGUCAUUGGACAGGGGCAAUCGUGGACUGGUGGUAUAUGGGGAUAGGCGACAGGCGAAUCAGAUUAUGGACAGGGAACCAGAGAGACCUCAAGAGAGACAAGAGGUGGGGGAGGAAGAUGAGACGGACGAGACCGACGAAACCGACGAGACCGAUGACGCGGAAGAGACAGACCAGUCCGAGUCCGAUGAAGAAACCGAGCAACGGAAAAUGGAUGACAUCCAAGUGCGCCCCUGCGUGAACAACGAGGACACUAUCACCGUAUGCAGUGGCCACCUGAGAAACAUAUCGAAACUCAUGGGCCGAAGCGGCUGGACAGGGGCAGGGCACAGAUGGAUGGCCGAGCUCUACGCCAGCAUGCCCGAUUUUGGGGUUAACCCGCCUAUUCGCACGCGACUCGGGAAGCGCAUUUUCAAGACCCUCAGCUGUCUCAAAGAUGAGUUCGAUGAGGUGCCAAAUGCGCUGGAUCUCGCUGAGCAAUAUCAAUAUCUCGCCGAGCAACAACUAGUCUUGAACGCGGCCAUCUCAAGUGUCGAUAAGGCAGUGCGGAAGGUAGAGAGUUUAACGAACGCCAGGCUCUCUAGGCGCACAGUCAACGACCUCUCAACAUGCGUCAUACCGAUGCUCGUUCUGGUCAUGCAGACAUCUUUUGCCAUCGGAGCGCGGGAACCUGAUGCCGUGGUCAAUGACUCCGCCCCGCGGGAAGGAAUCUUCACUUGGACUACUAUACAGUACCUGCUCGGCACACUGGGGUGGCUGUCGCGUCUCCAAAAAUGCAUUAAUGUGGGCUCGGAACACAGCGCCAAUCAGCAAUAUGAUUUUGAAGAUCCGACGCAGAACCGCGAGAAGCUGGGGGUUAUGGUUAGAAAGUUUAUACAGCAAAUUCGGCACCAGGUGGACAGUUUCAACGCGCGAGCCGACGCUAACCAGGAGCGAUACGAGGAGGAGAAGCGGAUCGCAAAGAUGCAGGAGCAGGACAGAAAUAUCAGGGAACAGAUUCAGAGGAAGGAGGAAGAAGAAUUGGCGCUCGCGAGGCAGCAGGAGAAGGAAUUCCGGCUAUCGCUAGAGCAGGUCACGAACCAGGUCCGUCCGCUGGCUGAGAAAUUCCGGAAGGCGACAUUGCACUGGUUCACACCCGGGAAGAGCAGCCAAAGUCGUACUCAGCCCUCGAAUUCUAGCGUUGGGGCCCCGACCAAUAGAGAGUCUCGAGCGCCAUCCGCCGGCUCCUCAAUGCGACGACACCUUCCGCCGGGAGCCGGGCACCUGGCACCGCAAUCUCGGCAGCCUCGGGCUGCCUCGCCUUCUCCAGAGUUGGGUUAUCCGCCUUGGUCCGAGGAUGAGACGGUGUGGUUACUGGAUGAGCUCAGGAGGCCAGACAGGCAACGCAAUUGCAUGGAUGUGUGGGUGGAAACUCUUGAACGGUCACCGCAGGAGAUCAUGGCCGAGAAGAGGCGAUUGGAAAGGACGGGGCGCUAUCGGUCUCCUACCCGAGGGCGUUGACGGAGGCGUGAGAGAGGUCGGUGUUGAAGGAUGCGAGCUGCGUUGGUUGGAGUUUUGGUUUAGCCGUUGCUACAGAGAUACCCCCUUUGCUUUUCGAACGACUUCUUGACGAAUGAAUUGUGUUGGCCAACAGUUAUAACAAAGUAUAUCAGGAUGGGACUUGCUCGUUCCCCCAAUGCCUAGCUAGUUAUUUCAGCCUUGUCUGAUUCAACGCAGAUUCAUUAGCCUUG